CAAUAUUCAAAUAUACAAAGUGUCCGGUGACUUUUUUCCACUGAGUGUACCUGAGACUAGAGAGAAACUGAAGCUGAGGACAAAGAGGAAGAAAUGGGAAGGUGAGGUUGCCAAGAGCCAAUACAUUAGUUCUAAAAAUUAUUAUGAUAACAAUAAGAAGGUUGGAGUUUUGGAUGGGGUAUUGGCUUUACCAACCAGCUUCUCCAAAGGGAAAAGGGUUGCACACGCAAGGGCGUACUUCACAUACGGAACGGGUGUUAAAACUUGGAAAUAUUACGAGGAACCAGAAUCUGCUAGAGAUCAUGCGAAGAAGCUGAAUAAGGAACAAGGAGCUAUCUGUAAGGUAUAUAGAGUCGACGUGUUGAUAAAACAUCCAGAGCAGUUGCGUCGCUUUGGACUCAAUAUUAAACAAGAAAAACAUUGUGCGACCGCUGAACAUGCUUACGUGCUACUACAACAAGUUCGAGCAAAAACAUGUCGCAAUAGAAAUAAUGAGACAUUGGUUCCUACCACUCAAGUUAUCUUGCAGAAAAGAAAGUGUUCAUUGGAGAAAUUAGAUAGAGGACCACCUCAAACUCCGGCAUCUUUCCGUUGUGCUUGCAUCCAAUCAUGUGCACCUGAGUUAAAGGCCGAAAUAUCAUCUGUCUACAAGGAGGACAAUGAAAAUGUUUCUGAUGAUAGUUUUGACGAAGAAGAUAUGGUUGAAUUUGCAGACAUAACGCUUUUUGUUCAAAGCUGA